UUUUGAUUGUUUUGGUUCGGUCAUCGCUUCCGCUGAUGAUAUGCACUUGGACCAAUUUGAAGUUUUUUAUGGAUUUGAUGAAUUAGAAGAAAUGAUUGACGACAUCGAAAUAUUUAGUUACAAAUUUCAAUUAAUAGACAAACAAAAGGUGAAGGAGAAAUUGCAACAGUACUUACCUGAGAAAAAGUGGGAGAAGAAAUCUUCUAAGAUCGAAGAACACGACAUUACGAUUAAACUGAAACACAAACCUUUGCCGCAUUAUAUCUCUGGAGCGGGACCAUUCCAUUAUUAUUAUAAAUGCUGUUAA